UCUGGGUUCUGUGUAGGCGUCAUGAACGAUGGAAGCGCGCUCCCGAUACUUCAGGUGAACGAGAGGGAAGAGGAACGGGAGACGGAUCACUGUGCGUCGCAUUAAUUCAAAACUAUUGGAGAAAAAUGACUACUAGCAUUGGAGCGCAUGUUUUUAUCACAGCUUAUCUACUUUUCCUGAUGGGAUGCGUUGCCCAAAAAGUGUACUUUGACUGUGGAGCCAAGGUGGAUGUGGUGGAUGCACAAGGACUGAUACUCUCUCCUGGCUUCCCUUACAACUACUCUUCUGGGACCCAUUGUGUUUGGCAGUUUUUUGUACCUGUGGAUUAUCAGCUUAUUCUUGAAAUAUUUGACUUUGACGUUUUUGAAAGCCACAAGCCCUCCCCACAAUACUCAGUCAUUUCUAGCUAUGAGGAUGAUGAUGGAGAUGAGUUGAAUUAUGCCCCGAGCAGUUUGGCAUUGGAUGAGCCUUUAUCAGAAAAUAGUGAUCAGAUCGAUCAGAGGGAUGCCCCAGAGAUUCAGCAGUCCUCUCAAGACAGUGAGAUGGAGCCGGUGGUGGUCCACGAAGAGUCAACCAAAGUGUCAAACUCAGCCAAAAGAUCUAUAGAUGGUUCCUAUAGCCUUACAUUCCCCCCUACGGCUCCUCUUCUCCAUCCUGGAGCCGUGUCAAAUACAGAUAAGGCCAUCAACACGGCCUCCUCUUCUCGUCUUGGCAUGGACCUCAACCCUGGUUCCAUGCCAAGCACGAUUUUGCCACAAUCCACUGACACGACACCUGUGAGCCCUGAGACGCAGCAGUCAGGGCUUGACGCCUGUCCCCAUGAUGUCCUUUAUAUCUCUGAUCUCAUCACCUUUUCCUCAAGGUUCUGUGGGUCAAACCGACCUCCUCGCAGCCAGUUGAUGUUUGGCUCUAAUCAGGAGAUGGUGGAGGUAAUCAUGGAGCUCAUCACAACCACUCACUGGGGUCGGGGCUUUGCUCUUCUCUUCCACUACAACAAUUUGACCAAGCCAGGUGGGGAACGGGCAAGCUUUGUUUCCACAUCUGCCAAGGUAGACUUUCUACUGGCUGCUGUGAGUGGAGCUGCCUUCUUCACUUUGAUACUUACCAGUGUUCUCUGCGGCAUAUUCAGGCCCAAACUCUGUCUGAAAAGAGAGAGCUCCUGCACAUCCACCAGCACUGAGGUGCCAGAGGCAGUUCAGAACAUUAGGGUGGAGGUAAGUGAGCUACAACCGAUGGCUGAGAGUCAUCCCAACCAGGAGUUGAUCGGGGAUCAGGCAAACAAGUACAGCCCACCGCACACAGUGAGUGUUGGUGGUGACACUUCCCAGAAUAGAGAAUUGGACAUUUCCUCCAAUGGUUUGGCCGAGCUUGAUAUUGGUCCAGAUGAGGUGUUCAUCAUAUCAUCAGCACCGAGCCCAAAUAGUCCAUCCUUCUCCCCACGCACACAAAGAGAGCGGUUCCUGAGGCACAGUGACACUGGUCCCAGUCCCCCACCUGACUCUACCUCUUCACCUUCUGGUCCUACCAUCAAUGCAAGUGGUAGCUGUGCCAGACCAAGAGCGUGGAGCGUACGCACCUUUCAGGAAUUCCUCCCUCCAAUGCCGCAACUCCAUAAGAAGUGGUGCAGCUGGAACUCUACCAGUCCCUUUACCAAACUGAUAAACAGCGCACCUCCCAGUUUGGGGUCUGACAACAGGAAGGUUUUCUCAGAUGUUCACCUAGCGACCAAGACUGACACGAGUACCAUCUCUGACUCGUCCAUCAGCAAUGCUUCCUAUCCACUUGCUCAGGGGGCCCAGAGGCAGCGGCGCCUGAACUCGGCGAGCAACCUAUGGCGUUCCCGCUUCGCAGGGCCUUACUUUGGUCUGCUCUCUGGGACGGCGGACCCUACCAGCAAGAUCAAUCUCAAUUCCACCCAGAGCUCCCACCCAGAGCCCAACUCUGUCUCUUCUUCCUGCAUCCAGGCUGCCAUUGAGAGCAACCAGGCAACAAAAAGGCGUGAUUUCACAGGGGAGAGCGAUCACAUAAAUGUACCAGUGUUUGCCAUCUCUGAGGAAGAGGACCGGCAACCUCUGGUCUCAGCUGAGCACCUGGGCCAAACCACUGGCACCACCAUUCAGAAUGGACUGGUUCAGGGAACAUUUGAUAGCAGAAGACCUGCCGGUGUCACCUACAGCCUCAGCCCUCAGAAUGAGAGGGUCAGGCUGGAGUGGCGGCCAUGGGGGAGUCAAGUGUCGGGUGGGGUUUGUCCAUUCCCUUCCAAUACACCUGCCACCAUGACAGAACCAAACACCAUCAAUGACUGCCAGUUGCCACACAGCCAGCCUGCUGUGUUGUGCAGUGUGGCCAACCACAUGUGACCUUCAAAAUGCUGAAAAGACUGUGAAGCAUUCCUGAACCAUCGUUUGUAUGUUACCUACUUUAAUGGAAGAAAUCAACUUUUGCAAAUUGAUUGCUACCUUAUGGAAUAUAUUGUUUUUUUCUGAAUGCUGCUCACUAGAUGCUAAAGUCCUUAUUGCUGAGGUUUAAAAAAAAGAAAAGCUUGUGACGCAGAAAAACGUGUUUCUGAAAACCCCAACUUUUAGGACCACUUUUAAAAGCAGAUUCCUGUCAGUUUUAUGCAUUUUGAUUAAUUAUUACACCCAUCACACUUCAAUAGCUGUCAAUAACUCAUUCAGUGUGGAUUUUGUAUUAUGUAAAAUCAUCGUCAUAAAAGUCUUAGUCUUCCCCCUCCCCAAUCCUCAUUUCCCAAAAAUGUUCCACAAAGAAUAGGACAUGCAUUUAUUGCUCGCAAACAUAGUGUAUACUUUUACUGGAUUAUAAAAGGGAAAUCAAAAUACUGUAAAAUAUAUGCACAUCAGUAGACAAAUCUUGUGGAAAAUAUAGCAAUCACUAUAGUAUUUAUAAAACUUUCACAUGUGAAAUGAGUAUGAAAUUUUAAUAAAGGCUGUUAUUCUCAUGUGGAAA